UUCAAGCAUGGCGUUUGUGUACUGCUAAAGUGCGUUGUUGUCAAUUUUAGUUUCAAUAUUUUAGUUUUCAGACAAUCUUAAUAAUUUUUGACAAACUAAUAACUUAUAUUUGUGAUAAAGCAAAUGAAACUACGUUGAAGGAUACUUUCCAAUAACUUAGAAUUCCUACAAAGUUAUAAAAUAAGUGGAAUUUUCAGUAUACCUUUGAUACAAGAACCAAGAAUGGAUACUAGCAAAUCUUCCAGAGAUGGUGAAACCCUGGAAAAUGCUGUCAUUGACGAAAAUAAUGAUUCACCUCAAUACAUGAUCCAUAGAGUUCCUGAAAAUGCCCAGCUUUUAAGUACAGAGUUAUUGCAACAGCAACAUGGACUAGUUGUUGACUUGGGUGGAAAUGAUUUCAUUCCCGUAAGCUAUUCCUCUGAAGAUCUGUUGUCUCAAGAUUUAACUGAUGAAGAUAGAAAUUUAGCUGCAGCUUUAGUGGCGGUACAGCUUAGUCAACAGCAGAAACAGCAACAGCUUCAAGAUACUACUCUACCAUCUCUUGUUGCAUCUUCUACUUUAGGUGCAAAGAUUUUGGAAGAUCAACCCCUAAUCAUCAGUGAAAAAUCAGGUGGUACAAGCUUUUUGCGUAUCAUCAAUUCUGAUAAUAUUUAUGUCGAACAGCAAUCAUUACCCAAGUUAGUUGACGGUGUCAGAUUUGCUACCGUGGAUGAUGAUUUUUCUGAAGAAAUCCAAAAAUUACCAAUUAAAAAAGAAGAUGAAAAAGCUGAUUCAGACAGAGAAUCUUUUAGAAAUGAUCAACCUACUUCUAAAAAGAGCUUGCCACAUAAAAAACGAAUUUCAAGGAAACUCAAGAAAGUUACUAGCACCUCCCCUAGAAAGAUUGUGUGCAACUUGUGUGAACAAUCAUUCAACUCUAACGAUGAAUUUGCACAACAUGAACUACUUUGUCAAACUACUAUUACUCCUGUCAAUCAAGUCAAUACCUUUAACUGUCAAAUUUGUAAUCAGCCAUUCACAGAACAGCUCAAGUUUUUCGAGCAUUUAAAGAAACAUUAUGAAUCUGGCGGUGGAGGUCUUCCGACUUCUCCCCCUAAGACAGCCCCAGAAAAGAAAACCACAUCUCCCGAGAAAACUGAGACAGUUGAAAAUGAAAGACAGGAGAGUUUGCUUUCGAGCCUUUUGAAUUUGACCUGCAUUGAAUGUAACAAAACAUUCAGGAGACAGAAAACUUUUGAAGCUCACAUGAGAGACAUACACACUAGCAAGAAUGAACCGCUGGAUGAAUUUAGCGAACCUGAGGAUUUGAUGGAAGGUAUAAAUGUAGUGGUGGACACAAAUGAACCACAUGAUGAUGAAGACGAUUCUAAAGCAUGGUACAGAGAAGAAGAGCUUCAUCAAACGGAAGAAGAUUUGAAAGAAUUGGAAGCUGGCAGUGACCAUAUUUGUCAUUUUUGUAAUCAGCCAUUUCCUCUAAGGGCCAUUUUACUUCAACAUCUAGUUACCUGUAGAGCAACAACUGGGAAUACAGAAUCAGCUCCUCUCGCAGUGGUCAAAAAAAUAAAUAAGAAAAACAAGAAGAAGUCAACUCAUGAGUGUGUCGAAUGUGAUCGGGUUUUUACUCAUAAAAACUCCCUUGUGUAUCACAUGAGGAGCCAUACUGGUAUUCGUCCCCAUCAGUGUGACCAGUGUGGAAAGAGUUUCUUUGCUUCCAGUGCUUUGAAGGUUCAUUUGCGACUUCACUCUGGUGACAAGCCUUACAGCUGUGAGCACUGCGGCAAGAGAUUCCGGCAGUGGGGUGAUUUGAAGUAUCACAUAACCUCCUUGCAUUCAACCGAGAAGAACUUCCAAUGUGAAUAUUGCGGCAAGGAGUUCGCUAGGAAGUACUCUUUAGUUGUACAUCGCAGAAUACAUACAGGUGAGCGCAACUACAAGUGCGAAUUCUGCGGCAAAUCUUUCCGCGCCUCGUCCUACCUCCAAAAUCACCGAAAAAUCCAUACGGGAGAAAAACCGCAUACGUGCGCCGUAUGCGGCAAACCGUUCCGUGUUCGGUCCGAUAUGAAGCGCCACCAGCGGACGCACAACAAAGGUCCGGGCGGCGCGAAGGCGUCUCGGUCGCUCUCCAAAGUUGAGAAACAAGAGGUUGUGGAAGAGGAGGAGCUAAGCAGCGAACUGCACAUCGAAGACGAGGAAGCGGCUGGCCAGUUGUUCGCCGAAUACACGACGCAAGAGAUUGAUGGAGAACGGACGGUUCGGGUGCCCAACAGAAAUCUGUACAUUAAUGGUCAUGAACUGUUCUUGGUGACUUAUCCUAAUGAAAUAAGAGCAGCAGAACCGCAAACUGGUUCUACAUGGGUUCACACUUCAAACACAUAAUUUUUUCAUAAGUUUUGCAAAUCUUUGCUAAUAUAGCCAUUAUUCUUUGUAGUAAAUCAAGAUAAUGGUACAUUACUUU